AUGUAUCAUCAACAAGCACGCUCACCAACUAGUCCCAAAUUUUGCAGUGAUUGGGCGUUUUGUGUCGAUUGUGACUUUCUUCAGCAACAACCCCUGACUGAUCAAGGUGUCCAAUGUAACAUGACAGUCUUUGAAAAGUUGAAAACUUACAUUUGCGAUUUCUUUACCGCACACGUUUAUCCUUCGGAAUCUUUAACCAUCUCUUUGGCAAAUGCUGGUACUGUAGAUGAAAUUAGAACAUGUUAUUUCCACAACCAUGAGUUAAAGCAGACCGUUCAACAGCAAAAAUUGAAUUGGAUCGAUCACGUGUUUGCAAAUGUUCCUCUAGUGAAACCACGUGUUGAACCAUCGUCAGUAGUCUCGUUGCAUCUUCUGCUAAAUACAUUGCAACACUUGUUGAUGAGAAGAGAGAGGGCUGGAUAUCAAGAUCGUCCUUUGAAGAUCGUAUACGUGUGUUCGGAACUUGAAUAUCGGUCGUCUAGUAUUGUCAAUCGUGAAUUACAUCACUUACUUGCUGGAUCUUCUUACAACAUUUCAGUCAUUGGAGUUGGACCGCAUAUUUCGUCUUCACAACAACAUGUCAUGCUGAGUCCUCUUGGCCGUGAUUGUCAAGCUUUAGGACUGACCUAUCUUUCGUGCUCAACAGACAAGCAAAAGUUUUCAGCAUCUAUUAGUCAGCCACUCUAUCAAGACUUUCAACAAAUAGGGUCCAUCUAUGUGUACCUUUUUGAUACCACAGCCUUACUUGAGCUCACAACCGAUCAACUUCGGAACUUGUUCUCUGCACUUGCAGACUCUAUCGUGAGUAUUCCUGAAUAUGUCCAUUCAGAAUUGGAACAAUUGCAAUCCGUGUUUAAAAAGUGUUCGGUUUUUAAACAAAUCAUCCAACAACAACAUAAUGUACGAUGUUUCAGCGAGGCAGUCAGUCAUUCUCUUGAUAGCGGCAACAAUCAUCGAGAAGAUAUUCUCCUUACCAUUGCAAGAACGAUAAGAAAACAAGAUCAAAGAAGACAUGUCCUAAUUUUCUGCAAUUACGAGGUGUAUCAUUCCGAGCUCGGAAUUACAUGGUGCUCGCAUAUGAGAGAUUUGGAACAAUUAAGAAAGUUUUAA